AUGCUCGGAGGUGCAAUGCUUGUCAAUUUCAUACAUCAGCCGCCCGAAGUACUGCACCCAACUAUUGCAUCUUGGCCAUUUGACGCUUGGGGAUUGAAUGUUGUGGGACCACUACCAAAAUCUUCUGGUGGACACUUGUACAUCUUGGCUACAACUAAUUACUUCUCAAAAUGGGCUGAAGUUGUCGCUCUUAAAGAAGUGAAGAAAGAGAAUGUUGCAAAUUUUUUCCGAGUGAAUAUCAUCUAUCACUUUGGCAUCCCUCGCUACAUAAUAACAGACAAUGGCAAGCCAUUUGAUAACAAGUUAUUGAACAAGAUUUGUGAUCUCUUUGGCUUCAAGCAGCGUAGAUAUUUUAUGUAUCAUACUGCCGCCAAUGGUCUUGGUGAAGCAUUCAAUAAGACUCUACGCAACCUCUAG